GCCCGCGCCCCCCGCCGCGCGACAAAGGCCGGCCCGGGAGGCGGGGGCGGGGCGGGGCGGCGGCGGCGGGGGGAGCGGAGGCAGCGCCCGCCCGCGCCGUCCUUUGUGUGGCGGCGGCGGCGGCGCCUGGGCCCGCCCGCCCUCCGGGGCCCGGCUCCGCGCCGCGCUCCGCCCCGCCCGGCCUCCCGGCAAGAUGGCAACCCCGGCGGCGGUCAACCCUCCGGAAAUGGCUUCUGACAUCCCUGGAUCGGUGACAUUGCCUGUGGCCCCCAUGGCGGCCACCGGACCCGUGAGGAUGGCCGGGGCCAUGCCCGCCCGUGGAGGAAAGCGGCGUUCUGGGAUGGACUUUGACGAUGAAGAUGGAGAAGGGCCCAGCAAAUUUUCAAGAGAGAACCACAGCGAGAUCGAGAGGCGGCGGCGGAACAAGAUGACACAGUACAUCACGGAGCUGUCGGACAUGGUGCCCACGUGCAGCGCGCUGGCCCGCAAGCCCGACAAGCUCACCAUCCUCCGCAUGGCCGUGUCGCACAUGAAGUCCAUGAGGGGCACCGGCAACAAGUCCACGGACGGCGCCUACAAGCCCUCCUUCCUGACGGAGCAGGAACUGAAGCACCUCAUCCUGGAAGCAGCAGACGGCUUUCUAUUUGUGGUGGCGGCAGAGACCGGACGUGUGAUUUACGUGUCUGAUUCCGUCACCCCUGUGCUGAACCAGCCCCAGUCAGAAUGGUUUGGGAGCACACUGUACGAACAGGUGCAUCCUGAUGACGUGGAGAAGCUCAGAGAGCAGCUGUGCACCUCAGAAAACUCCAUGACAGGCAGGAUCCUGGACCUGAAGACAGGGACGGUCAAGAAGGAGGGACAGCAGUCUUCCAUGAGGAUGUGCAUGGGCUCACGGAGGUCUUUCAUCUGCAGGAUGAGGUGUGGAAACGCUCCUCUGGACCACCUCCCUCUGAACAGAAUAACCACCAUGAGAAAAAGGUUCAGGAACGGCCUUGGUCCCGUGAAAGAAGGGGAGGCCCAGUAUGCUGUGGUCCACUGCACGGGGUACAUCAAGGCGUGGCCCCCGGCAGGAAUGACUAUCCCCGAGGAGGAUGCCGAGGUGGGGCAGGGCAGCAAGUACUGCCUCGUGGCCAUUGGAAGACUCCAGGUGACCAGCUCUCCCGUGUGCAUGGACAUGAGUGGGAUGUCAGUGCCCACGGAGUUCUUAUCCCGGCAUAACUCUGAUGGGAUCAUCACGUUCGUGGACCCCAGAUGCAUCAGCGUGAUUGGCUACCAACCCCAGGAUCUUCUAGGGAAGGACAUUCUGGAAUUCUGCCACUCCGAGGACCAGAGCCACCUGCGCGAGAGCUUUCAGCAGGUGGUGAAGCUCAAGGGGCAGGUGCUGUCGGUCAUGUACCGGCUGCGGACCAAGACGCGCGAGUGGAUGCUGAUCCGCACCAGCAGCUUCACGUUCCAGAACCCCUACUCCGACGAGAUGGAGUACGUCAUCUGCACCAACACCAACGUCAAGCAGCUCCAGCAGCAGCAAGCGGAGUUGGAAGUGCACCAGCGGGACGGGCUGUCGUCCUACGACUUAUCACAGGUUCCCGUCCCCAACCUGCCGGCUGGCGUUCACGAAACCGGGAAGUCCGUGGAGAAGGCGGAUGCCAUCUUCUCCCAGGAAAGGGACCCCCGGUUCGCUGAGAUGUUUGCAGGGAUCAGUGCAUCGGACAAGAAGAUGAUGAGCUCAGCGCCCGCGGCCGGGACGCAGCAGAUCUACUCCCAGGGCAGCCCGUUCCCCCCGGGGCACUCCGGGAAGGCCUUCAGCUCUUCCGUGGUCCAUGUGCCCGGCGUGAAUGACAUCCAGUCCUCCUCGUCGACCGGCCAGAACAUGUCCCAGAUCUCCCGCCAACUGAACCAGAGUCAGGUGGCCUGGACAGGGAGCCGGCCGCCCUUUCCCGGACAGCAAAUCCCUUCCCAGUCCGGCAAGACUCAGUCAUCUCCCUUUGGGAUUGGCACGAGCCACACCUACCCGGCGGACCCGUCCUCCUACAGCCCCCUCUCCAGCCCAGCUACCUCCUCGCCCAGCGGGAACGCCUACUCCAGUCUCGCCAACCGGACGCCAGGGUUUGCCGAGAGUGGACAGAGUAGCGGGCAGUUCCAAGGGCGGCCGUCGGAAGUCUGGUCGCAGUGGCAAAGCCAGCACCACGGUCAGCAGAGCGGUGAGCAGCAUCCCCACCAGCAGCCCGGUCAGACCGAAGUGUUCCAGGUAAAUCGAGCCAGCACAGCCUUCUCGUAGGACAUGCUACCCAUGCCCGGAGAUCCGACCCAGGGGACCGGCAACUAUAACAUCGAAGACUUCGCGGACCUGGGCAUGUUCCCGCCGUUUUCUGAGUAGCGGCAGGCAGAGCGCGGCCAGCGCUGGGCCGAGCCCCGUGCACAAUGCUGGCGCCCCCCAUGUUGGCGGGGUCCCCCCACACCCUGCUUGCCCCUCUGCGGGACCCCCCAGCAGAAGGCAUCUCACCCCCCCGCCACCCCUGGCACAGUAUUGCUCAGGCCACAGCCAGGGAUGCCCAGCCACCCACCGGGAGCCCUGGUAGACAUUCGGGGGCCGUUGUAUUUAUUGUACUUUCUCUGUGUAUGUUUGGGAGGUGAGUCUGCUGGGCUCUCGAGGUCUGGUUGUGAAUAAUGUCGUAGUCGACCGUGUUCACCUGGAAGACGUCCAGUCACAAUCCCGAGUGCCCAGGCCUGCCCAGGACAUGGGAAUCGGGUUUCUUCUUUCCUUCGACAUCUGUGGACAGGUGGGGCUUGGGCGCUGGAAGGGGGGUGAGCAGGACGCAUGGCCUUUGUUCUCCGAGCUAGGACCCAGAGGAGACCCCACGCCCCCAUCCCCAGCUCAGCCAAGUCUGUGUGUGCAUCUCUCCGUCCGUCCCUCGUGCUGUGGGGUGUGUGUGCUCUGUGCAGUGUGACAUGAAUCCCUGUCCCAGUGGCUGUGCUGUGCCCCGUGUGUGUCAUGUGGCCAGAGUAAGCAGCCAGGAUCCAGGGUGCGUCAUGGCUGAGGGCCCGCACAGACAGCCCUUGCCUCCAGCUCAGCAGCGCCCCGGCCAGACUGCGCUUGGCCCACGGUCUGGGCGCUGGGCUGGCGGGCUGCGCAGAGCAGGCUGGCAUUUCAGUGUCACCCGAGUCCUGGCUGGGAACGUGCUUGUUUUAAUGGGUCCACUCCCGCGUCCAGGCGCCCCUCUAAGAGGAUGCGGCCACCUCCUCUUCCAGGAGGCCCCCGAGGGAGUGCGGGCCCUUCCCGCUUACCGUGGGUGUCCCCCUCCUGGCUCCCAGCCCAUGCCCGCCAAGGGCCCACCUUGAGGUCACAGAGCCCGAGGGAAGGCAGGAUGUCCAGGCCUCCCCAUCCUUCUGAGCCUCCUCCCCCAGCGCCCGCCGUGGCAGCCACAGCACUCUCGGCUACCCCGGACAGGUUCGGACGUGGACUCCUGUGCAGAGACAGGCUCUUAGAAACGCCUCCCACUGGGCCACUGGGGAUGGUGGUGCCUCGUGGGGGCUGAGUGCAGGUCUGUGAGGCACAAGGCCGGGCUUCGUGGUCCGAUUCUGGUACACACUCCCCGGGGCCUUGCAUUGUCCAGGUGGUCUCAAGACAGAAGGAAGAGUGACUCUAGAAGCUUCUGCUCGGCUGAGCCCAUGGUCCCUGGCUUGCUGUGUUUCCCGGUACUCAGUGACCUCGUGUCCUCCUUGUGCCAUGCACUGAGGCGGGCUCCCAGUCUCUCGUCUCUGACUUUCCUGACAGCCACGCUUCCGUUUGUCCUCCCCAUCUGUGGGCUCGCAGACUCCCGUGUGGGACGGAAGCCACGCUUGCCCUGGGCAGGUGGUGGUGUCCUCCUCCCAGGAAGUCCCUGCAUCCCUCCCAGGGCCCUCCAGGCAGACCUUCUCAGGCACUGGCUCAGAAAUACCCCACCCUGGGAUUUCGGAGGACCCUGUGAAGUGCGGGGGCUUCUGAGCUGCCUGAGAGCAGAGUGAGCCCAGCCUGCGGAAAGGAGCAGGGUGGGGGGUUGCACGAGCCUCUGCUUUGCUGUGCAUUAAGCGCCGGCCCCGUGGGAGUCCAGAGGGGACCUCUGUGCCCUGUCUCGCUGGGGGGCUCCACCGGCAGAAGGCCAGCGUUGUGCAGUGGUCAGCUGUGGCCAGGAGUCAGCUGCGGGUGCUCCCAGCUCCAAGAAAGAGUCCACACGGGCUGAACCAUUCCCAGAGCGGCUCUUAGACCUUCACGCACAGCGGUGAUUGGGUCCUGGGUUUAAGGUCCUUUUCCCCCCAGAACUUGGGUGGAGCCAACCCCAUGCACCACAACAGUGCCAGAGCCAGAGGGGGAUCCCCUGUGUGGGCCCCGCCCUUGGGGUCCCCUCCGCCCCCACAGCCUGAGCCAACCCCAAGCAGGGGCACGACCAUUUCCAAGAAAGGCACAGAAAUCACUUUCAGAUCAAAGAAUGGUUUCUCCAUGAAACGAAAACAGACUUUCUGUGGCCUUUCACCUGUGAGUUUGGAAGUUUUGGGCUUUCAUGUUCGUUUUUUCAUUUCCCGGAGAGAACUAGGGGUUUCCUGAGAGGUGCCCCUCAGCCUGACGCUGUGACCCGGGCUGUGCUAGACACCGAGGGGGUGUGGGCGGGGCGGGAGAGCCUGGUCCCCAACAGCCCUGCAGCCACUUCUGUCUGUCCCUGAAGGCUCGGUCCUGGAAGGCGGGGACCGCCGGUGACCGUAGGCCGGGCGUGAUGGGGAAUGUCGUGACUGGGCGGCCCGGCCUCCUGGCCUCCCAGCCCUGUCCCAGGAGCGCCCACAGGGAAGCCGAUGGCAGUCCGACCGGCUGGUGUGAGCGCUCUGUCCUCUCCACUCCCCACCCCGCUCCUUGCUUGUGAUUCCUGGAAGCCAUCCCGUGGCCAGUACAAAAACAGGACUGGAAGGAUCUCUGACCCAAGAGAUGUCCCCUUGAGGAAUCUUUUGACAGACCAGAAGAAGAGUUCAAGCUGCUGAGGGUCUCAUCCUGGUUUGGAGGAGAGCGCCCCGUGCCAGGCCAGGGCAGCCAAGAGGGGACCGUGCGUGGACCCAGCUGUUGGUACGUCCUCCAGCCAGGCCCAGCCCAGACUCCUGUCCCGCCGGAGACGCAGCCCAGCUGGGCCAGGACUCACUCCCUCACUCAUGCCUGCUCUCCUUGAGCCCAGAGGGUGGGCCUUCCACAGAACAGGCCGGGGCUGCGGCGGCCUGGGCCCUGGGCGAGGACACAAAGCAGCCAUUUUGAGGCUCACCCGAGACUUGACUAGUGACGGUGGCCAUGGGCAAGGAGGUCCUAGAACAUUCUACCUAUAUGUCCCUCCCACGAGUUUUGUCUUUAGCUGCGGUUUCAGGGAGUGACGGCGCCAUCACCAAUGGCUGCGUUCUCCUCGGCUUCCCGAGACAUGCAACGCACCCCUACACUGUUGCACGUGUCCGUUACAGAGGGGGAGCUGCCGAGAGUUGAGGGAACGUCCUUCGGGGGCUCGGACCUCUCAGCCAGUGAAGAGACCGUGUCUCCCCCAGAUUAGCCACAUGUGACCGGGACCUCCCAUCCCUGUCCGCUAGCCUUUGCCAAGUGACGGGACAACCCCGGGGAAAUGAGCCGUGGUCUCAUCCUCGUACGCCAGCCCCUGGGAGCAGCCGAGCUCUGCCCGGCCCACGGGCUCCCUGCCAGUAUGACCUGUCAUGUAGCCAGACCAACCAAAGUGCUGGUGGGUCACGAGUCAGGGCACAAGUGGCCUUGGUUGUACCAGAAACCCUGAGUCUGGUCGUUCCUUGCCAGGGGUCCCUUCCCUCCUCCCUCCACCAGAUCCUCGUGGGGCGUGCUAAGGGGUCACUCUACCUUUCCCUCGGCUGCCCGGGGCCCGACACAACUCAGAGAGGCACCCCACCGGGCUGCAGGCCGCUGUUCGCCUAGAGAUGUGCCUGGGUCUGGUGGCCAAAGCUGGUGUUGUGGUCCAGCAGUCCCCCAAAGCCUGCAUGGGGCCACCCACUGGGGAGGGGCCAGGCUGGCCGGAUGUGGGGCGACUGGCUCCCCGGGACAGCCUUGUUCUUUGGCAAGGACGGGCUUCCAUGGACUCUGUAAGCACGCCGUCAUUUCCCUUGUAGCCUUUCUUCGUAUGGCUGUGAGCAGUGCUGUGGAUACAUCCUCCUGUGUAUUUCUGGAAUGUUCUCUCAGACUAACGGUUAUUGAGUUGGUUGUGUAUAUGUGUAACUAAUGUAACUGCCUUUUCAGAUUUCAUCACAAUAAAGAUGACUUUGCUCUGAACAG